AGGUGCUUUUUUCUCGAUCCGCUAAACGAGUACGAACCAGGAGGACUUCUCUACGUUGAAAGUGUUAUAACAACAGUAAUAAAUUUGGUCGGCGCUAUCAUCGCCAUUUGGGGCAAUGGUAUCAUCCUCUUGACUUUCUGGAAAACGAGUCAACUUCGAUCACAAUCCCAUCUGUUUCUCUGGUGCCUUGCGUUUGCAGAUUUUCUCACUGGGCUGAUAGGACAGCCUUUUUAUGGGGCUUACAAGAUAGCUUUACUGUCCGGGCAUGCCUCCUCCUCUUGCUUGUAUAGAGUGAUUUUUGAAACGGUUGCGUGGUUUUCAGCUGCACUAUCAUGUGCGUUAGUUUCGUCUAUCGUAGGUGACCGGUACCUGGCAUUGCAUUUUCACCUUAGAUACCAUGUCGUGGUUACGAAAAAAAAGGUCGCCUUUCUUAUUAUGUAUUUAGUAAUCACAAUGGCGAUAUUAAGCCUAUCU